AUGGACCUAUCUGGAUCAGAGCGGAAGCGCCCCACUCCGGGUGGGAGCCGUCUCGUCCGCUGGGCGGCCGCUCUUGCAGGCGCCAAAAAGCCCGACUCUCCUCCCCCCCGCGCCGCGUCCUCCGGCAACAAGCAACACCGACGCGCCGAGGCCGCCGGCAGCAACGCCGUUGAACCAUCGAUGCACACGCCUCCCAUCGACGGAGGCGGGACCGACCACGACGGCGGCGGCGGGGCGGACAGCGGCGACCCCCCCCCUGCUGGCGGCCUAUCGGAAGGAGGCUUGUUCACGUCCUCCCCGCUGCGGCACCGGUUUCGUUCGGCCAGGCGAGGGUUGACCAGCAGCGGGUGGUCUUCGUCGUCUACUUCGUCCGCGGCAGGGUGGGUCGGCGGGGGCGGGGGCUCCGGGGCGGGAGGAGACCGGGAGGGGGGGGCUUCGACGUUACUCGGAAAGGUUUUCAAGGGUCCUCUGGCCAUGUACGUGAUCCGGCAAGUGAAAAUGGCCGCCGCUUUGGCUGCCCUUGCCGUCUGUGGGCUGGGGGCCCUGCUGAUGGGACUCUGCCUCUACUUCACGGUGCGGCCUUGGGGACGGGCGACAUACCGGCGCCUUCUCUGUUCUCAACUGGCGGGGCCCCUCGUGGAUUCGGCGUCGCUGCUUCUUCCGCGCACAAGGGUCAGGGUGACGGGUGACAGCGACAUGCUGGAUGGACUGUGCCCGUGCGUGAUCGUGUCCAACACACUGCCCGGCGACGCCUUCCAAGGCCUUGACUGGUGGACCAUCCUGCAGGUGGCCAGGGCUGUAGGCGCGCACGGCUACACCAAGGUCCUGGUGAGCCAACGGCUCAACAGCACCCCAGUAUUGGGCUGGAUCUUGAGGAUGCUAGAGUUUCCAGGGUUGGGCGACUGUUAUCAGGAGGACAGGGACAGGGUCAAGAAGUCUCUGGCAUCCUUCGCCAGGGAUUCCGUGUCGGCCGGGCCUUCGGGUGUCCCGUACAUGUUCUUGCAUUUUCCGGAGGGGGGUACCCUUAACCUGGAAACGCUCGCCAGCUCGCUGGAGUUCGCGCAGAGAGAGGAUCGUCCGGAGCUGACGCACCUCCUGCUGCCCCACACGACGGCCCUCUCGGCCUGCCUCGACGGACUCCGGCAGGCCAAGCCCGUCGUGUACGACUUCACACUCGCGGCAGACGCCUACAUGGGGGAAAUCCCUCCCGCCCGCCGCUCCCCGUCGACCGACUGGGACGUCCUCCGCGCCCUUGUCGCCGGCAGGGCUUGGGGAGGGGGGGACGGGGGGGAGAAGCCGCCGUGCGCGGGCCGCCCGAACCAGAGGAGCGAUGCUUCUUCCGCUUCCGGGGAAGGGGACUCGUGUGGGGAGCCGUCGGGUCUCUGCCGCACGGGGGGGGGGGCGGCGGCGGCGGCGGCGGCGGUCCCUCUGGGGUUUGGUUCUGUUGGCAGCACGGGGGGUGCCGGCGGGGACGUGAUGGGGAUCGGGGACCGAUCGCAGGCGGGCGUCGGUCGAAGCGAAAGCGGGGACUGGGGAGACGGCGGGGGGACGGCGGAGGCGGCGGUGGGCGGGGGGGAUAGGAAGGACGAGCGCACGUGGGGGAGAGGGUGCCAGGACAUUCACGUCCGGAUCAAGAGGUACAGCUUGGAGGAGGUGGUGGGGGACACCCACUGGCUGGACGACCGCUGGGCGGAGAAAGAACGCCUCCUUGCCUACUUCUCUCGUCACAGGAGUUUUCCGUCAGACGGGCGAGGGUUCCCGGCCCGCCGCACCCUGGACACGCGCGGGGGCGGACAGUUCGAAACCUCCGCGGCUGCGUUCGUCCGCCUGUCGUCGGUGGUGCUCUUCGUGCCGCUGCUGUCGCUCGUAGCCAUCCCGCUGGCGGUGUCGAUGGCGGUAGCGGCGCUGGGGUACCGGUUGGUCUGCGCCGGGGUGAGGGCGGGGGCGACGCGGAUUCUUCCGAGGAGGUUCACCCGGGGGGUCUGGUGCUCGCGGGAGGACGGGGAGGACGGGGAGGAGGCAAGGGCACUGCACUACCAGCGCCGUGGUGUUGCCUACGUGGCACAAGAAACCUCGAGGGAGGCUUUCCCGAACAAGAGUAGCCCGGAUCGAUCGUGUCAUGGUGUCGGGGGGGGCGUAUAAACCCGGUGAACCUGGCGGGGACACACUAGCACUGCCGAGGGACCCAAGCUGUGCAUGUAUCGAACGGUAAUAGGCUUCGUGCAAGGGCGGCGUGGGAGAGUGGGACUACAACUAAACACCAUGUGGACGUAGACAGGUCGGAGGUUUUUAAGGUGGCAUGUGGAAUGUAUGUAGCAAGAGAGUUCUGUUGAUUUCUAUGGCGCUGCGGGAGAGCGUCUGAAAAGGAGAAAGCCAGACGGAGGUCGCUGGCGUUGUCUGGUCCCAAAGGGUCUUGUGGUAUGACUCUGGGCUACACGGCUGAGAAACCGGAUACCGGUUUGCCUAUUGGCGGGGCUGGGCGGGUAACGUGAAGCGAGGGGGGCCCGGAUGAAGAGCCCAAACUUUCAUUGCCUAGGAGGGUUUAAACCCAGCAAUGAUUGCAUAAUAGAUGUCGAAAAACGUUGAAUAAGACACGGUAGAUUGUCGUGAGAGUGUGUAUGUAGUGCCAGUACGAAGCGAGGUUGUUUAUUCUGUUCUUGUCGCCACUGACAGCGUGGCAGUCCAAUACAGUACCAUGGGAUAUGUCAGACAGGACGAAGCGAGGCGCAGCAGUUUUCUUUUCUUUUUUUCUGUGUUCACUUAGUGGUAUGCAGAGGUUUCUCUCUUUCUUUGUAACGGAUGCUCGACCGCGGCUCCCCUUAGGGCGAGGUACGCGAAGGAGAUGCCGAUUGCAUCACACUUGUUGUUCGGCAACGAGCGAACUUGCAAAAUAGGCGGGCGGGGGUCUAGUCUGACAAGUACACCGGGAAACCAAGCACGUUUUUUUUAUUCGUUUUUCCCCCUGAAAAAUGUUCAACACUGGUGUGCUGCCAAACGACGCGGCAACUUUUUCUCCAAGGCGUACAAUAGUGACUAUGUUUCUUUUUUUUUAUUAGUAGGGGAUUCAGAUGGGUGCCAUUUAGCUGACUUGACCUCGAAUAGAAGCAGAGCACUGCCAGUUUUGCAAACAAGGUAUGUAGAUACCAUCCUACGUGCUCUUGGCGUGUCGUUGUCACUUCGCCCUUCUUUCGAUGCCGUACGCAAAAAGCGGGUGUGGCCUUUUCCAGUGCGAAAAAAGUGUUACGAGGUUUGUCCUCUCACUCUUUCUUGCCCCCGGAUUCGGUUCAUUUGAAAAAUGAAAUAAGAGCGCUACUGUUGUAGGUUUGCUCAUGUCGGAGAGGGAGAUCGAUCUGCCUUUGCUUCGUCCUGGUAUUUAUUGCGAAGGCCAAGUACCAGUAUUUUUACGUGAUGUUUUAUAUGUGUGCAAGUUUUGUUCAAGAAGGGUUCGAAGCUGGGGCUGGCGGCAUCUGAAUAGCACCUACAUAUCGUGCGGGUUGUAUAUUCUGCGUACGGAUUGACGGGCAUCCAUUUUUACAUGAUACGUAUGAUCACAGAAUCGCAACUAGAGUUAAUCGGUGUGUGUCGAAAACAUGGCGUUUUUCAGGUGUGUUUGUUGUGUGUGCGCAGACCGUUUUCUUCUCGGUGCCCACGGUGUAGUGCGGAGAGGCAUGCGCAGCGGCGCAAGCUGACGUCGUGGCAAGAAGAAGGAAACGCGAAGAAUGAUGAAAGAGCGUGUAUGCGUUUGUACGGACAGUACCUUAUCGUCGCCGGUUGUUUUCUCGAUUACGCUUGAUCGAGGGAAGGAGGACGAUGACAUCAGUCGUUCUGUCGUACAAUAGGACUCAGUCACUGCUGCGCUCUUCUCGCGCCAAAGAAAUCAAGACAUGCAUGCAUGGAUGGCAUCGGGGAAGAAAUUAAAUUGUUGUCUGCGUGGUCCCGAAUCAUCGCUCUGCGGUAAUACGAGAGGAGGAGAGGAAAGAAAGGCCGCAGCUGGUUACGAACAUGCGAGCGACGAUUGAGAAAAAAAUGGGACGGGGAAGGAAAGCAGGUAAAUAAAGCACCUGGCACGUUAUCGAAGCUUCUUUUGUUCCUUCUUUUCGGAUGGCUUCCCCGGUCGAACGGACAAGAAAUGUGGUGGGUCUUACAAGCGAGGGCGGGGGGGGGGUGCGCAAGUUGUGCACUUGUUUUUUUUCGUUCUUACGGAAUGGAACCAGUUUUGCAAACGCUUAUUUGAAGGAGUGUCAGUCUAGUCUAGAGGGGAACCGGAGGGAGGUACGGGUAACUCUAGGUAUAUAUCGCGAGUUCUUCGUGAACUUUCCAUCCAUCCAUCCUCCUCAGAUGAUACUUGCAGAGGUGGGCGUUGUUUUGCAAUUUAGAAACAAUUUUUUAAGUGAAGAACAAACUUCCUUUGUGAAGGGGCGGAGGGUGGCUGUGACAGGUUCGUUCGUGAUCGAUUUGAUUCGGGCGUCAACUCGCUUCGCGAGAGACUCACUUGCAGAUGAGCCAUUUCUUCUUGCCUUGACUGCACGUACACGCGUGGGAAUUACGGAGCUCUGUAGCAUGCUGGAGGGGACGAGACGGUUCAGUGCUUACUGUCGACUAUUUUGUAUGCUCCAAACGUCUAAUAUUUGUAC